CGUCUAUCACUACUGACCAAACUGAACAUUCGUGAGCGAUUCGCAAUAUCGCGGCCUCCUUACUCCUCUUCCCAUCGCCGCAGUAGCCCUCGCCGUUCUCGCAUAUUGCAUCCCGGGGGGGGGGGGAAUCGAGCGACAUUGGCAGCCCUCACGGGUGCCCACCCACCUAACGCGAUAUCAGCGCUCACGAUGACUCAAAACAUGCAGACCAAUGCAUCUUCGAACACACCCGCGCUUAACACUGGGCCCCUCAAGUUCGCGGGACACGCAAACUGGAUCUUCCGCGACGAUGUAACGGCCGCUCAGAUCGUCAUCAGCGAUACGGCAUCUCCUAACCCUGUCCGCUUUAUUAAUGCCUUUCCAGAAGGCAACACUGGCGUUCUGGCAUUCUUUCACCCGCUUUCGGACGUUUUGGGCGUCACUCUUCACAAUGCAUCUAGCAUAUUACACGACGACGGGCAGCGCGGGUUAGCAGGAACGCUGAACUUCGAUGGGGACGCACGAUUGGGACAGACCAUCCUCGGUUCGGUGCGCACGAUCCGCGAGGUCGUCGAGGACGGCAAAAGCACCAAUCUUGUGACCCGCCUGGGCGGAUACUCCCCCGACAGCGUGUGGCUCACCCGCACAUGGUUGGAUGGGACAGUGCAGUAUCUCGGCCUGUUUGCAGGUAACAACACCGAUCUGGCUGUCCAGCCAUCCGACGAGCCCACCGGAUUCCCGAGCGUCAACAUCUCGCGCAUCGAUCCCGGCAGGAACGCUACGGUCAAGUUUGAGAGCACGUUCAAUAUGUCCUCCUCCCUCCGCGGGCUCGGGAUGGAUGACCUUUUCUCCUCUGACGGCGACCCAGAUAUCAUUUCCGCCAUCCGCGCCGCGCCACAGAUCGUGGAUCAGCUCGCAUUCCUUGCGUACGAGUCGCAGUUUCUGGCCGGCGGCUGGCGCUUCUUGACUUACUUCGGUCGCGACACACUACUCGCGAUGCAGGUUCUCCUCCCUGUACUCUCGCCACAGGCGUGCGAGGGCAUCUUGGCGGGCGUGAUACAGCGUACGGGCCCCGACGGCGAGCUGUGUCACGAGGAGACGAUUGGAGACUACGCGAGCAUCCUCAACACACGGGAAGGACGGCCAGAGCGAGGCUCCGCACCAGUGUACGACUACAAGAUGGUCGACACAGACUUUCUCCUCCUUCCAGCCCUUGCGGCGUAUGCCGAGCGAUACCCUGUCCGAGCCAAGGACCUCAUGGCCCGCAACUCUACACUCGUCCCGGGCACAUUUGGAGAGCUGGUCGCGCGCAACGCUGACCGUGUGCUGCGUCUUGCGCGUCCCUUCGCCGAGUCAGCAGUAAAGGAACACUUGAUCGACCUCAAGGCGUGGCCGUUCGGUAAUUGGCGCGACUCGGCGGCUGGCAACGGGUGGGGUCAUUACUCUUUUGACGUGAACUGUGCCAUGGUGCCCGCGGCGCUGCGUGCAAUAUCUGAUUUGGCGGGCACCCUCCUCCCUGCUGCAGGAUAUGAUGCACGAGCCUGGGCCGACAUCUGGGAGACCGAAGCAUGCAAGCUCUUCGCCCUCCCCAUCUCGUCUGCUGAUGCCGAGUCACGUGUGCACACCUAUGUCCGGGCCGCUAAUCUCACUACGGGCCUCCUCUCCGGUGCAGGCAGCCUCAACGGCUCGACUUCGAGCGGAUGGAAUGACCCGCCGCACGUCGUGGGUGCCGGCUCGCCUCUCUACGCUCUCGCGCUCUCCGACUCUGCCCCGCCCGUGAUGGUGCAGCACUCAGAUCUGGCAUUUGCUCUCCUCUACUCCCCCUCCGUACCCGAGGGCAUCAUUCGAGCGACGAUCGAAGCACUCCAGCCUUACCCGCGCGGCCUCCUCACGAACGUGGGCAUGGUCGUCGCCAACGCCGCGUACGACCCCAACGCGGCCCCCACCACCUUCGCCAACACGGCAUAUCACGGCGCCGUGGUGUGGAGCUGGCAACAAGCUUGGAUGGCGGCGGGGAUUGAGCGGCAGCUCCGUAUCUGCGAGACGACCAAACCCCCCUGGUGUGCCCUCGCGCCCGCGCUGCGGCAGGCGCAGAUGCGGCUGUGGGACGCCAUCGCAGGCGCCGAGUCCGUGCUCUGGACCGAGGUGUGGUCGCCUGUCCUCCAAGGAGAUCGCUUCGCGAUCGGCGACCUCGGGGCCAUAUCGACGGACGGGAGCGAAGGCGACGCGGUGCAGCUCUGGAGUUAUACGUUCCUCGCGCUGCGGGAUGCGCGGACGGGGCGUCCGGUUGCGGCGGGGUUCGAGGGGGUCUGAAGCGGAGAGCAUGGGCCGACGAACCUAUCAAGGCUCGAUAUGCUUCCAUCACCGCUCCUGCUCAAAUCUAGGCUGACCGCUUCCCCACGAUCUCAUUCAACUCCUAGCUGACCCCGCAACAGGCUUCGCGAAGGCUUCUAUCAUCCCGAUGUGAUGGUGACAGUAGUCGAUUAUGAACAGAAGGGUGUGAAACAGGUGGAAAGAAGCUAAUUUAUCAGUAGACGCUAUGUGUGAGGUGCUUGCAUGUCAGCUAGUUUCAAGGAUGUGGCAAUUACCACGAAGAUGUUGCCAGCCAGAUGCCAG